AUGAUUGUUCUCAAGGUCGGUCUCCAGGAGAUCCAGAGCAAAGAGCUAGAUUGGGAUGAGGACGUGUGUUCUGAUCUGGUAAAUCAGGUUGGCCAAAAGAUAGAGCAGAUUGGACGAUUGGAUGAUUCGCAGAAGACAGACGCCUUGAUACGAGUUCAGAGAGGGGGUUCUGUUCGAUGGCACAUUCUGAGUACUGAGCAACAGAUCAUAUCGUCCACAUAUUGGGAAUCAUAUUGGGGGAAUUGCACGGACGUAUUCUCCAUCUCGGUUGGCCUCGAACGUGAUUCGGGGGUGAUGCCUAUCGCUCUGGAAAAUACACAGCUUUGCAAUCUUGUUCGAGAUCUCGGGUCCGACCUGGAGCAGCUUCAGAAGCUGAAGAGGUCUCAGGUGGUUGAUAUUUGUUAUGGACUUAAAGAUGUUGGCUUUGUGAAGUGCUUUGUGGUGCAAGAAGCCACUCAGGACAACCCUUCAGUAUCAUCAAGUAAAGCACUUCCGUCGCACCGCUUUUACUAUCACUUUUGUAUAGAUGUCAUACAACCCACUUCGUUCCCUUCGCUCGCUCCUUACCUAUCUAUGAGUGAUCUCGAACUGUUUGGCCCUUCAAACAAGAUCUCACCAGUAUGUGUCGAGCCGAAUUUGCGGAUGAACGAUAUGUACAAAUACAGUCACUACCCAGGCGAUGAAGUAGACCGACUUUGGGACGUCGGUCAGACACCCGAUGAAAGUGUGCCUUUUAUAACACCGGAGACAAUUCUUCACGGUACCGUGUACCCGCUCCCCGGAGUAGCGUCGCCCGCAGAAACUAUCUCUACACCCGGGCCCGACGGAGGUGCCUCUAGUUAUUCAACAGCCUCCACUAUGUAUUUUGACACUUCCCAGAUAGGGGAGUAUCUGACCCUUCCAGGGUUAAGAGCUACCAUGCUCAAUCAAGCAGUCAAGGCAAAGAGACUAGUUAGCAAUCAGUUAAGAUAUUCACAAAUAACGCCAGUCGCGACUAGUUCAAAUCAGAAAAUCAUUCACUUGUUGCAAUCUUGUGUAUUCGGUCAAGUGGAUGUGCUUGAGCAGAAACGAAUUCAGAAGGUCCUUGAAGCAGAAGUUCGUCUUCUGAUAAAAAAUCCUUGCAGAAUGCUACAACCCCUGUUGGGUUCGUGGGACAAGAAUACGUUGCUCGACUUGCACCCACUUGGACUUCCAGUCCUCUGGAAAGGUAUACAGGGAGCCGUGAAUUACCUUCGCAUCCUAGAUGUAGAUGACACAAACCGGUUUCUUGAUCCCGUUGCGAAGCGUAUCGGACAGGUAUUACUCUACAUUAACUAUGAGGAGCUCUGUAAGCGCCCGAAAGAAUACUGCCCUCCUUCUACAUCAAAGCCGACUGUGACCCAUGUUCUUAACUGUAUCCUUGAUGCCUACACUGAUGAUCCUCGCAUAUCAAUGUCACCGCAAUCUCGUCGUAAUAAGAUAUCUGGUUAUCAUGUACGACGAGGCAGAUGGUGGUGGAGGCUUGCAGGGACCUUGGGAGUUGGAAUGCUGUUGAUUGCCGACAGUUCCCUGAUGAGUAUCAUGUGUAAUAAUUCAUUCACUAUCAACCAGAUCAAUGUUCUCGCCACUUUCGCCUUGAAUACUCGACCAGGCACCAUUCGCAUCUUCCGUGCGUUGGAACUAAUGGUCAAACCACUCAUGUUUGGACGGAUUACAGAUGAUCUCCGCCAGGCAAUUUUAGAUGAUGAACUCGGCCUCCUAGGAAGACAUGAAUUGGCACGUGUCCAUGAUGAAGAUGAGACGGCGGUGGCGUGUCAACGGAUUGAAAACCCAUGGACAGCAGUUGAUGCUGAAUCCUAUGCGAGGGAGGAAAUGACUGAAUUCCUUGCUAGCAUGCCGGCAAUCUAG